AACUGAUAUCUGAGUCAGCACACCAAGGAGCUUGGACGCGUCGCGUAAAGUGGUCGGUGGUUCCUGCCGCCGACGGUCAAGUUGCCCCGCGGUUCCAGCUCCGACAAUGAACAAGCUGCGAACACCUCCACCUACUUACAGGUUCCCUCUCCGUCACUCUCGGGAUGCCUUGCAACACUUCCAAGUCAUUACGGACAUACAACAGCUGACAAAAUGGAGGCGGCAACUGAGCGCCACUUCUUUCACCAUGGCGCUCCGAAACCUGGCGUAACCAAGACCGCACUCAGGGCCAUCGAGAGAGAAAAGCUCGAUUGUCAAUGGUGCCAGAUUCGAGCUUUCCCGAACCAUAAGCAGUACCCAAUCACCAUCGUAAACGAGGUCGACGACGAAGUAAUACCGCCGAACUUUCGGUUCCUACAGCACUCAAGGCUCGGUCACGGGGUACAGGCCGCAGAGGAUAGUUUCCGAAGCGGAUGCGAAUGUGAAGACGAGGAAGAAUGCCAGUACACGGGCUGUCUCUGCCUGCAGGAGCAGGAAGACGACUCAGAUGACGAGGGUGAAGCGAGAAAAAAGGCAUACAUGUACCAUAUGCACGGCGUCAAGGCCGGACUGCUGCGAUCAAAAUUCCUGGGCUCUACGCGGCCCAUUUACGAAUGCCACGAAGGCUGCGCAUGCGACGUGACCUGUCCUAACAGGGUGGUCGAGAGAGGUCGACAGGUCCCUCUUCAGAUUUUCCGGACCGAGAAGACGGGCUGGGGUGUUCGAUCGUUGCUCGACAUUCGACGAGGACAGUUUGUUGAUAAUUAUAUUGGCGAGAUCAUUACACCACAGGAAGCCCAACGCCGACGGGAUACCUCGAACAUUGCGCAACAGAAGGACGUGUACCUUUUCGCGCUCGACAAGUUUACCGACGAAGACUCUCCCGAUAUGCGCCUACAAGGUCCCCCGCUCGAAAUUGAUGGCGAGUUUAUGUCCGGCCCAACCCGCUUCAUCAAUCACUCUUGCGAGCCCAACUUGCGCAUCUUUGCGCGCGUGGGAGAUCACGCUGACAAGCACAUUCACGAUCUCGCCUUCUUUGCGCUUCGCGACAUCCCUCGAGGAGAACAGCUCACGUUCGACUACGUUGAUGGCGUGAGCGACGACGCUGCUGAUGCGAAGGACAAAAGCAAGCAAGGCGACAUGGUCCCGUGUCUUUGUGGUAGCAAGAAUUGUCGCCAAUUCCUGUGGUAGUCUUUCAGUAACAGUGACAUCUGUCUGAACUCGAUCACGUUUCUAGCUUCUGGUUCGUCGGAAGGUCGGAUACAAUUCGAUGCCAGCCACGAAGUGCCACACACAGUCGGUAGUCGCGGGAUCUGUGGAAGUCAAGGAGCCUCCAAUGACGAAAGAUGUGAACGUCAUCGGCAUCGGGCUUUUAC